GUGGCUGGAGAGGUUUACCCUUCUCAGUGGGGCUCGCCCCACUCGGCUCUCAUAGAUCCGUUCCUCGACCCUAUCCAUGGCCGCUACGUACCGCUUCAGCAAGACCCCCGCUAUGUGGAGCACGGGCACGGCUGGCAGUGAUUAUUCUGAUUGCCUCAUAGACUUUGAGAAUGCCCCGACCACCUUCACGGCGGCUUUGGCAAGCCUCCCGACAGACGACGCGUUGCCGACGAUCGUCUGCACGGACGGCUUGGCCGGGAAGGUGGAUGUUCCGUCACCUCCUGUCCUUUCUGACGCCAGAAAGGUCCAACGUCAGUUCGCCGACGUCCAGAAGCCGUCUGACGCCAGCAUCCUGGCUCUUGCGGCCCUUACCGAUGGCCUCCUGACCAUGGUGGACACCGACAUUGUCCCUCACGAGCUGCAGGCCUUCGAGGGCGAGCAGGACUUUGCGACGGACUUCCUGGAGGCGAAGACCUCCGGCGGCGAGGACUGGCAGCGAUGGCGCGCGCGCCGCGAGGAUCGUCGGACCCGCUUGGCGGACAGGCGUCGCGAGCGCCUCGGGAAGUUCGGCAGCAAGGGCCACGCCAGUUUCUGCACUGCGCUCUGCAGCAGCGACUGCAGCCUCUGCCUGCCCGCUGCGUGAGCGGCUGCCGCAACCAUUCGACCACGAGCCGCCUCGCUGCGUGGACUCCCGCGGUUGGCAGGGCGAUCGUGCACGUGCGUGUACAUAUGGUAUCAAGGUAGUCAGGAAUUGUAGUCAGCUUGCGUGAUAUCGCGAACGUGAGUUUUUUGGUGCGGUUGGGGACCAGUCGAGUGCGUUGGUUCGAUAGAAAGCGCGCUCGACGUUGCACGUGGUGGUAAUUUCAAUAUGUUGUUGCACGCGAUAAGCAGUCAUGUGGGGGUCGCCAAACUCAGUCUUAGUGAUCUUGCUGAGUUAGGGAGUGCGCGGUUGCACAGGCACAACUCGUGCAAAUAGUCAGCUUUAGGACGUGCGGUAGUUCAUUCUCAACUCUGAACGCGUUCAUGAGGUAGAUGUUACCAUGAGGCAAGUUGCUGCCUGGACCUCGGUCUCCAACUAGCAAGCUCUUUUUCGCUCCUUCUCUGCCUCUUGCCUUUGCUAUGUAUCUGCGCCAGUUUGCCCGAGCAGUCUCGCGAAGAGGCAAAUAUAACCUCUUCUGGUCUCAUGCCACUUUGGACUGACAGAUCGACGAUGCCGCAUCUCGAAACAGGCAGAGCGCGUUCGAUCCAAGUGGAGUGGCUUUAGCUGGAUUUGUCAUGGGCAUCACUAACCGCGCAGGCUGACUGACAAGGGUCUCUUUGCCAUUGCCGCUGAUCCGAAUGCUCGUUUUCCUUUUUUGCCUGAGUCCAUGGGCCACUGGAAGACUUACAACGUAAGCAUGAGAAUCUUUGCUGUAAGUCUCUCUUUGCACUCCGCGACAGCCUGUGCUGCCCGCUUCCCCGGAAGCGGCAGAUCUUAGGCGCGCCCUGACCUUUAGAAAGUGUUUUGAUGGGCUCUCGGGAACUCCAGGGGGAGGAUGUGGAGAGGGCUGACCCGAUCGACCACUGCGGUGUACAGCGCCGGCGAGUUGACGCCAGCUGCCUGGAUCCAUCGAGCUGGCACCCGCCGAUGCGGACGAAUCUUCGUGGCUGAGCUUGCCCGCGAAUGGUUCGUCGCGGGAGAGCCGGCCUGCCGAUGGGGGUCCACCAAGCCAAGUUUUCUUCUGCGAAUGCGGCCUCCUGCUCCGCGGGGGGGGGGCGAGCGACACGCGGUCCGCUGGCAAGGCAGUUGUAACGCCCGACUGAGCCCUACAGAAGCGGCGGCCGUCCGACGCCGUCCCGACACGAGGCUCGAGGACGGCCCUGCCGGCCGCUCGCCUGCCUCCGCUCUCUCGCCGGGCGGCCUCCGCCGGCGGCCAUCGGCCGGGCGGCUGCCCCUGGCGGCCGCCCCGGCGCUGGGGGGAGGUCGGCCCGGUUCGCCGUGGCCUCCUGCGUCAAGCAGGGGCGAAGCGUCCUGGCUCGCCGAUAGGCUUAUGCCUACCAAGCAAUGUUCUGAGGACCUUUUGUGGUUUGC